GAAAGUUUUUACCAGGUGAUGCUGUCUAAACCCAACUGAGGAGCCACGAAACACGAAUGGAUCGCUACUUAGUACUUAGCUGGAAAAGGGCUUUGCACUUAUUUUCUUUAUAUUUUAUCCUAAUUUAUCAAGUGCAACUAUCAAGCAAUGAAGUUGAAGUGGACCAUUUAAACUCAGAUGACUUUAAUAACCGCAGCAACAGGAUAAAGCAGCAGAAAUGGGACACCGCUUCCCAGGGAGAGCAGGAGCUCCAGUCAACAUCUGUUCCAUUAGUCUCCAACACAUCUGCCUUUAGGCAAACUCUAGUCAGCCAGACCACCACAUCCAAAGUGACCACCAGUGACUUGUCUCACACAAGCUCCAGCUCAGAAAAGAGACUGAACUCCAACUUUUCCACAUCUUCGACACCUCCAACACAUGUCACGAUACCAGCUAGCGCAGCACCAACCAAACAACAACAAGUUACCAUGGUAUCUCCCAGUCAGUCAGCGGAUAGAACAACAGCAUCUAGUACAGCUUAUCCUACCAAAGAGCCACUUACGCAAUCCUUAAUCAUCUUAGCAACAUCUAAGAAAACUCUUCAAUCAAGCAGCACGGCAGUAUCAUCGCACAGAGCACUAUACAGCCCAUCCAGUCAAGCAACGACCACAACCCAAAUAAGUCAGUCACCAACCAGACAAUUACCAAUCAAACAAUCAAUACCAACCAAACCUCUGUCAAAUCAGUCACCACCUGAGGAAACUUUGAUGAGCUCAGUAAAACCAUCAAGCCAGUUAAUACUGAAUGCAACAGAAAACCCUGCCAGCGGAGUCUUCUUGCAAGACCGUCGUCCAAUUCAUGAUUCAGUAUUCACCAGAAAGGCAAAAGAAGCUCUGAAGUCAAGGUUUCACAUGAUAUCAGAGUCAUGUGCCUUUUCCUGCCUGAACGGUGGUUGGUGCACUCGUUCAGAGUCAUGUGACUGCAGCUUGUUUCAGGCCACUGGACAGAGGUGUCAAACAGUUCCAAAUCCUGGUUUUGAGAGGGAGAUGGCAUGCAGGACUUGGGGUCAGUACAACUUUGAGACCUUUGAUGGCCUCUACUAUUACUUCCCUGGUCGAUGCACGUACACACUGCUCAAAGACUGUGAAGAAACUACCGUGGCCAACAUCAUUGUUCAGGUGCACAAUGACCCAGACUGUGGUUCCGAACCUUACAGCUGCCAGCGCUCCGUCAGCCUCUACCUUCCAUGGGAGGGUGAGAUCCGGUUGCGUGCCACUAAUGUGACGUUCAAAGGGCAAAGUUUGCAGCUUCCACAUCACAUCCAUGACCUGCAUCUAGAGCAGAUCUCUCAGUAUGUGUUAGUGACACAACCACAAGGCAUCACGCUGGCCUGGGAAGGACAAAGUGGCUCGGUUUACAUCAAACUUAGUCCAGAGUUUGUGGGCAGAACCUGUGGCCUCUGUGGGAACAUCAACGCAGACACUCAAGAUGACCUCAGGACCAGCUAUGGUAUAAUGAGUCAUGAUCUGGAAAUGUUUGGGAACAGCUGGGUGGAGACAGCACCACUCCAGGCCCGGUGUCCCAUGGUGCCUUCUGGUUUCUCCUCACCUUGUGCAGCAGUUGAUGUGCAAGUUCUACUGAAAGUGGAGGAAGCUUGUUUAAUGCUGCUGGAUCCACCAUUCCAAAGUUGCAAUGACUUUGUCAGCCCUUUGUCCUACAUGGCCAGCUGUUUUAACAUCCUCUGCACGUCGGGCCCUACUGAGGAGGUAGUGUGCCAGGUGUUCACUGAGUACUCCAGAGCCUGCGCCCAUGCUGAGCACCCACUGAAUGCCUGGAGGGACCAUAUUCCUCAGUGUGCAAAGCAGUGUCCUCCAGGGUUACAGUACCUGGAAUGCAUCAGCGGCUGCCCGGCGUCAUGCAACAAAGAGAGGACAUGCAUCGACAGCAGGCUGGCCUGCCUGGAUGGAUGCUAUUGUCCAGAAGGUUUGAUAUAUAAAGACGGGGGCUGUCUAACCCCUUCUGACUGUCCUUGUGAGUACCAUGGCGUUUUCUACCAGUCUGGACAAACAAUACAGGAGGAAUGCAACAACUGCACAUGCACAGCUGGAGUGUGGAACUGUACUGAUUACAGCUGCCCAGGUGAAUGCUCUGUGACUGGUGACAUGUAUUUCCAGUCAUUUGAUGGCCGUGUCUACACUUUCCCGGCAACAUGUCAGUAUGUCCUCGCUAAAAGUCGCAAAUCAGGAAAGUUCACAGUGACCAUCCAGAACGCCCCCUGUGGAGCUAAUCUGGACGGGGCUUGCAUACAGUCCGUUAACUUGGUAAUUGAUGAAGAUCCAAAAAUGGAGAUUACUGUAAACCACAUCGGUGAGGUGUUCAUGGCUGGGCAGUACCGCAUCUCCCUGCCCUACUCUGAUGACAUCUUCCAAAUUCAGCAGCUCUCAUCCAUGUUCCUCCAAGUGAAGACAACAUUUGGCCUUCGUCUGCAGUACAGCUGGAAGGAAUUUCGUCUCUAUCUGCAGGCCAAUGCGCUGUGGAAGGACGACACAGUGGGACUGUGUGGAACCUUCAAUGGCAACAUUCAAGAUGACUUCUUGUCGCCUGCUGGUAUGAUAGAAAGCACUCCUUUCCUGUUUGGAAAUGCAUGGAAGGUUUCGUCAGCAUGUACACUAAGCCUUACCAGUCCUCAGCUGGAACCCUGUGACACACACCAACAGGCGGUGGCCUAUGCAUCCGAGAUGUGUGAUAUACUGAACCAGGAUCUGUUCUCCUCCUGUCACGAGUACCUCAGUCCAGUGCUUUUCCACCAGCAGUGUCGCUCAGAUACCUGUAAAUGCGGAACAGCUUGCUUUUGCGCUGCUGUCGCUCACUACGCACGCCACUGCCGUAGAUUCUCUGUCAUCAUUGACUUCCGAUCGCGCAUACAUGACUGUGCGGUCACCUGUCCUUCCACCAUGCAGUAUGGCGUUUGUGUGUCAUCCUGUCAACGCCGCUGCUCCGCCCUCUCUUCUUCGCAGCACUGUGAGAGGGAGUGCGAGGAGGGCUGCGUCUGCCCAGAGGGAUUGUUCUACAAUGAACGAACACACCUUUGUGUGCACAGGAGUGAGUGUCCCUGCACGUUCCUUGGGGCUGAUUAUGAACCAGGAGACGUGAUCAUGACAUCAGCAGGUGUUCAGCUGUGUACGGAUGGUACAUUUCUGUUACAGACAUCAGAGGGUGACAGCUUAUGUCCGGAAGAUCAGUUAUACCACAACUGCUCAGAGGGUCAGAGCAGCCAACUUGCAGGAAGAGGUGUGACCUGUGAGCGCACCUGUGAAUCUUACCUGCUCAACCUUACCUGCUCUGCACAUGAGCCGUGUGUGAGUGGUUGUAUCUGCCCUUUUGGCUUGCUGAAACAUGGAGACGAGUGCUUUGAACCUAAAGCCUGCCCCUGCCUCUGGAAAGGAAAAGAGUAUUUCCCUGGUGACAAGGUGUCUUCCCCCUGCUACCAGUGUGUUUGCCAGCACGGGAUGUUCCAGUGUGUAUUUCAGCCGUGUCCGUCCAUGUGCACAACUUAUGGAGAUCGCCAUUACAGAACCUUCGAUGGCUUGCUCUUUGACUACAUAGGUGCUUGCCAAGUCUAUCUUGUAAAGAGCAGCGCUGAUGUGAUUCUCAGUGUGACCGCUGAGAACAUUGCCUGUUUUGACAAUGGCGUCAUCUGCAGAAAGUCACUGCUGAUCAACAUUGGAAGAUCAGUCAUAACUUUUAUUGAUGACACUGGGCAGCCUCACCCAUCCAGUGUCAUUGAAAGGAAUCAGAGGAUGCUCUUUUGGCCUGCUGGUUACUUUACUGUGGUUCAAUUCCCAGAAGAGGACGUUACCAUCCUGUGGGACCGUAAAACCACCAUUCACAUUCAGGUUGGACCUCGUUGGCAGGGGAAGUUGAGUGGUCUGUGUGGAAACUUUGACUUGAAGACAGUGAACGAGAUGCGCACUCCCGACAACAUUGACUCGACAACUCCACAAGAGUUUGGAAACAGCUGGAUGACAACAGAGUGUGUCAGUAGCCCAGAUAUGAGACAGCCAUGCACCCUCAGUCCCCUAAGAGAGCCUUUUGCCAAGCUGCGGUGUGCAGUUCUGCUCAGUGAAGUCUUCCAGGCCUGCCAUCCAGUGGUGGAUGUGACCUGGUUUUACAUGAACUGCUUGGCAGACACAUGUGGCUGCAGUCGGGGAGGCGACUGCGAAUGUUUCUGCACCAGUGUUGCAGUGUACGCCCAACAGUGCUGUCACCAGGGUGUUCCUGUUGACUGGCGCUCUCCCUCUCUAUGCUCAUAUGAUUGUGAAUUCUACAACAAAGUUCUUGGUAAAGGCCCCUUCAGAUUGAUUCCUUUCAGAGACCGCACAAUGGUGCUGGUUGCCAGCAGGUCCGGCAGCGCUGUGAUUGUGAAACGAGGAAACUUUAGUGACGUCACUGGCACCUUCUCCCAUUUUCUGAUGACGCCAGGCCUCAGCAGAGCCCGACCACACGACACAUCCCGGAUCUCCUUUGAAGCAGCGAACAGACCCAAUCACUUCCUGUGUGUGAGCCCUGGUGGCCAGGUGAAGCUGGAUAAGUGGGAAGAUAGCAAGGAAUUCUGGGAUAGAGCCACCUUCGUGCUUCACAGGGCCACAUGGCUCUCAGGCUAUGACUCCCUGGAGUCCCAAGCAAAGUCAGGAUUCUUUUUACACGCCUCCAUCCCUCACCUCCACCUGCUCAAAUAUCGUCACACUGACAGCUUCCGCAAGGCUACUCUUUUCAGACUGACAGGCUCUGGCCCAGAUGCCCCACCAGGUCCACGUUGCCAGUGGAGAUACGACUCUUGCAUUAGUCCCUGUUUCAAAACCUGCAGUGACCCAUCAGCAGAAGCCUGUGUCUCCAUCCCACAAGUAGAGGGUUGCUUUCCUUUUUGCCCGCCACACACGGUCCUUGAUGAAGUGACUCACCGGUGUGUCUAUGUCGAAGACUGUAUCAAAGCCCCAGUCAUAAUGCCCAUAAUUUCAACUAGUGUCCAGCCAAGUUCUGCAACUCUCUCCUCAACAACCACCAAAGUUGACUCUACUGCUCCACUCAAGACUGCCACUGUCCCUUCUGCCCCUCUGAUGACAGUUCCUACCACCAUAACAAGCACCACAACUCCAGCGUUGAGCACAUCAGCGUUUGCUCCCAUAAUACCACCAAUUCCCGAUGAGUCAACUCAACCAAGCAUACCCUCACCUUCUGCAGUACCGGAACCUUCAAGCACAGCAGUCCCCCUUGCUGUAAGGCCAGAAGUUGUUAAACCCAUUUCAACCCUAGCAGUGACUGAAGUCGAUUCUACUGCUAAGAGUGCAACCAUUAGCCAUUUUGGAUCCAGUACUUUCAGGUCAAGCAGUGCUCCCUUUGCAAUUACUUCUCUUUUCCGGCUAACCUCCACUACCAGGUCCACUGACUCCCUCCAACCUCUCUUCACCACCAAAGAAUCACCACCCGUUCAAGCAUCUUCUACUACAGCACCAACCAUGCACUUUACUGAGGGACCAACCUCCACUUCUCUUCUUGCUACUGAGGACUCUACAGAUGCUACACAUUCAGUAGUGGUGUUCCCAUUCGGAACCAUUUCUCAUACACCUUCAACUUUAAUUUCAGAGACUUUAACAGUGACAGAACAGACUAUUGUACCCAAAUCUACAAGCACUGCGCAUAAGGAAACCAGCAGCACAAAGCCUUUAACGGUGGGGGGAAUUCCUCCAACCCCUUCGACUGCACGCAUCACUCCUGCUUUACUAAGCACAAGCUCUUCAACCACUUCCUCACUUUUGUCUGUACCUAUAAAAACAACAGUAUCUAUGUCAACAGCAAAGACUACAGACUCGGUCAUUCCAGUUGAACCUUUUAAAACCAGCACGGUGCAGUUCAUUGGUCCAGAGACUACAGGACCUACGAUGUCUGCACUUACCACAGAGAAGACACUUUUAUCAACUCCAGCUGCUACUCCGAUACCACCAUCAACUCCAGUCCACGUCUCUCUGACUACAACUGUACAUAGUCCUACCUCAGCUGCGUCAGACUUGCAGGCAGCAAUAAAUACAACAACCAUACUUGAAUCUACUGUGUCCAAAACACCUUCUAGCAUCACAACAAUAGCUGUUCAGCCACCCCGUAAGCCUACAGACCAAAUUUCUGUGUCCACUGCAACUUUAAGACUUCCAGAGGAAGCAGUAGCCACCGCUGUGGCGACCCGACCUGUAACAUCAACUGCAUCGUCAGUGUACCCCAUGAAAACGACUAGCGCUCCAUUGUCACCAAGAUCCCCCACACAGACCUCACAACCAUUGCGUCCUCCCUAUUUGGACACCUCUUCAACCCACUUGUACAGCCCAACAACAAAGACUACCCCAACACGGACCUCUCAAGCUGUUCAGCUUGACGUCAGUGGGACUAAAACAACGGAAGUACCUCGUCUUCCGGUAUCGAGGCCGAUGAUUCCCUCUGCUAUACCAGCUACUGUCACAACCACAAAACCUGCUAAAACUACAUCCCUCAGAAUACCUACUGCAGAAUUUCAUACCAAGACACAAGUUACACCAGAGCGUCCCCCUGAGCCAAGUGUCCCAUCUGCUGUUAGUGCAACCCCGCUCAGACCUGUUACAGUAAAACCAGUCACAGAGACAACACAACUGUUUACAAGCAGAAAGGAAUUGACAACAAGAGCCACAACCGUAGCAAUUUCAUCUUUGUCGCCACCUGGCACAACUAUUUCUCCUCCAACACCAAGAAAAACAACAUCCCCCGACAAAGUCACCACACGACCUGCAUCAACUGUAAGAUCUACAUCUGCUGCAAUGUCUACAACAAUCACACAGACAGCCUCCAUCAGGACAACACUAAGGGUUCCAGUCACGAGAGGUACACCCAAAAUUACUUCAACGGAGAAGCCAGUCACCACCAGGGUUACCAUGGUAACAAGACCUUUGCUAGUCACUACUACGCCUCAUCCAAGCACAAUAACUGGAGUCGCAGGAGUUCCAUCUGCAACCAUCACCACAUCAGCUGAGCCAUUGACUCCAGUGACCACAACAACACCUGCUGGCACAAUUUCAGUGCACACUUUGACUACUUCAUUGGCCACACAACCAAUGCCUGAUUCCAUGCUUACAACAGUAUUUUCAGCUGGGCCUACAUUAGAACCCAGAAAGUCAACCACUCCAGUAUCUGUCCUGACAACCACAGAGCCUACAAGCACUUCCCAACGUGUGACUUCUCCACCCGAUAUGUCAAUCUACUCUCAGAAACCUGGCGUUUUUGCUCCUGCUAAAACUUCCAUUUUUGCAACCACAACAGUUCAAACGACUGCACUGGAUAAGAGGAAUCGCACCAGUCCGGGUGUAAUGACACCUCUUGUGCAAGUGGAAACAACAAGGAUGUGCGCACCUCCAUAUGUAGAGAUUGUCAAUGAGUGUACCAAGUACAUUUGUGUCAACAAUCAGCUCGUUCUUUUCAACAAGUCCCAAAGCUGCCCCUUUUCGUCUGAGCCACCAAACUGCGGCCUGCUUGGCUUUGCUGUACUGGUCAAUGGAGACAAAUGUUGUCCUCAAUGGGACUGUCCAUGUCGCUGCUCGAUGUUUCCAGACUUGAAUGUGAUCACAUUUGAUGGCAACAGUGUUGCCAUUUAUAAAGCGGCAUCAUUUAUAUUGGCCCAGCUGCCCAAUGAGACUGUCACUGCAAUGAUUCAGGAGUGUUCUGCUGGCUCUCAGUCACCACUUUUGGCAAAUUUUACCAACCUUUGUCUGAUUGCACUUAACAUCACCCACAAUUCCAACCACAUCGUCAUCGACAGGCUCCAGAGGAGGCUCUAUGUCAACUCACGGUAUGCCAGACCACGAUUUAAAAAGUUUGGUUUUGAGAUCUACGACACAGGCAGCAUGUACCUGGUUCGAAGCCCAGCUGGCCUCAAGCUACAGUGGUACCACAGCACUGGAAUGAUGGUGAUCGACAUCGACAGCCAGAGCAAGAAGCUGCCCGCCAUGGGCCUCUGUGGUUUCUGUGAUGGAAACCCAAGUAAUGACUUGACUUUGCCCAAUGGCACCACUGUUGAACGUGGUGAGGACCCAUCUCUCUUCAUUGACAGCUGGCAGGUUCCCAACACUACCAGCUACAUUAGUCACAGUCGACGUCGUGAGUUCAAUUGCUCCACCAGCGACUGCUCUCGGUGCUUGCUCAUGCUGCAGAGCCCUGCCUUCUUCCAGUGCCACACCUACGUCUCUCCAAGUACAUUCUGUGAGGUUUGGGUCCAAGAUGUCGAGUAUGUAAACAACCAAUGUGUGGCGCUGGCUGCCUACGUGGCGUCUUGCCACAAAUUCAACAUCUGCAUUGAGUGGAGGAGACCCGAUUAUUGUCCCUUCACGUGUCCUGACACUCUGCGUUACAAGGCCUGUCUGCCAGCCUGCACGUCUCAGUCCUGUCCCAACCAGGACUUUGACUUAGACCCAGACUAUUGCUCAGGCCUGACCGAGGGUUGUGUGUGCCCUGAAGGAACGCUGCUCCAUCGACCAUACUCUGCCCUCUGCAUACCACCCAGCAAGUGUGCCUGCACUGACGGUGCUGGGGUUCCACGAGCCCUUGGGGAGGUGUGGAAGGCCUCUAAGGACGCUUGUUGCAUGUAUCGCUGCGACAAGGACACAAUCCUCCCUGUGGAGUACAACUGUUCCACCAUGGAGGGGCCUGUGUGCCAGCGGGCAGGGGAGGUGGUCAUCAGCCUGGCAGAAGACACAAGCUGCUGCCCCCGUAAAGUCUGUGUGUGUAAUCAGACCCUGUGUGACCUUGUACCCCCUGAGUGUAAAUAUGGGGAGAGGCUAGUGUCAUACUAUCGACAGGACUCCUGCUGCCCAGACUAUGUGUGUGAGUGUGAUCCCAAACGCUGUGAAUCUGAGAUUCCCACAUGCAGACGCGACCAGACAUUAAUUGCCACCAGAACUGGUGAUAGCUGUUGUCUGGAUCAUAUCUGCAUGUGUUCUACUUGUGUGGAUGAGCCUCCUUUCUGCCAGGAUGGGGAGGUGCUAACAGUGGAUGCAAACACCACGGGCCGCUGCUGCCCCACCUACCAAUGUGUAUGCGAGACCUACAGGUGUCCCCAGCUCAGUUGCCCUGUUGGGAUGUCAGCGGUGUCACUUUCCAGUGCAGGUCACUGCUGUCCCAAGCAAACAUGCGAAUGUUCCUGUGACAAGAUCAUCCCUCCUAAAUGUGGAUUGGGAGAAAUUGCUGAGUUGGAUGGGGUUUUCCUGUCUGACCCACGCAACCUGUGUGCCUGCAAAAGGUACAAAUGUGUGCUAGAUGCAGUCUGUGUGUAUGGGGAGCGAAGAGUGCUGCGGCCCGGUCAGACCCUGGUAGAACGCGGCGAGGAUGGCCUGUGUCACAGCAGACAGUGCAGCCGGGUGCUGGACACGUCGAGUGGUUUGCACUUACUGCGCACCAGCAGCACCAACUGCUCAGCCCACUGCCAACAGAAUCAGAUCUACGUCCCUGCAAAAGAGCCGUCAACUUGCUGUGGAGUUUGUAAGAAUAUUUCCUGCCUCUAUGCUCAUGAAAACGGAUCCACUCUUCUUUAUAAGCCAGAGAAAUCUUGGAUGUACAACUGCAUGAAAUUUGAAUGCAUAAACACGCUGUCUGGACCAACACUCAUCUCCUACCCCUUCAGCUGCCCCCCGGUCAAUGAAACAGAGUGUAUGAAGAUCGGAGGGAGCGUCGUAAGUUACAUGGACGGAUGUUGCAAAACAUGCAAAGAAGACGGCAAACCCUGUCAGAAGGUGACAGUCAGGAUGACGAUCAGGAAGAAUGACUGUCGCAGUAACCGGCCGGUGAACAUUGUUUCAUGUGACGGGAAGUGUCCGUCUGCCAGCAUCUACAACUACAACAUCAACACAUACGCUCGCUUCUGCAAGUGUUGCCGAGAGAUGGGGCUGCAGCGGCGCUCUGUGCAGCUCUAUUGCAGCGGCAACUCCACCUGGGUCAGCUACGCCAUUCAAGAGCCCACCGACUGCUCCUGCCAGUGGUCCUAGAAAUCAUGCUGCAAAUAACACUCCCCAAAAACACACACACAUACGUAAACAUAUGUUCAGGUCUAUCUGGGUGGGCAGAGCUGAUAAGUACGAUUAUCUUUGCUUGCUGCAGUACUGGCCAGGAAGUAAUGGCUGCAGUUGUACCUCCCUGGCAGCUGCAAACACACAAAGCACUGUGACAUUUGACCUCCGACCUCUCGAGGCUAGUAAGAGACAGAUUUACUUUGCAGGGAUAGACAUAGUCACAAAAAGGACUUACUACAGUAAAGAGCCAAAAAAAACAUCACUUGAGUUUUAUCUGUGAGAGUCAAGAGACUUCCAUUGUGAGCAGUGUGUGCAUUUUUUGGGAAAUGCAUACAUUGAAUAAAACCACUAUUCACAUCAUUUUUUCACCUAUCAGUAUCCUUGUCCAUUAUUUUAUCGGACAAGGAAAAAAACUAUUAUUGCAUUGUUAGGCUUUGUUUCACCACUAGUUUUUUUGUACUUUAAAGCAGGAGUCUCAAACAAGCGGCCUGCAGGAACAAUAAAGUGUCUCUACUUAACUCAAUAGUUAAGUCUAACUGUGGCCUGCGCACCCUAGGCAGCUACACUUAAAUAUAUUAUGACAAUCUUAAAUCCCCACUACAAAGAACACUAUAUAAUAACAGCGCAAACACCAAAAUUACAGUGCAAUAAACACAUUGGGCAACACUAGGUACCUUUCACAUUUGAACCAAUACAGUACUAAAUCCUGGUACCUGGGAAUCAAUACUGGUACUCAACGGUCCCACUUCUAGGUACCGUAUUUAAGUUGCUCCGGAGUAUACGUCGCACCGGCCGAAAAUGCACAAUAAAGACGGAAAAAAACAUAUAUACGUCGCACUGGAGUAUAAGUCACAUUUUUGGGGGAAAUUUAUUUGAUAAAAUCCAACACCAAAAAUAGACAUUUGAAAGGCAAUUUAAAAUAAAUAAAGAAUAGUGAACAACAGGCUGAAUAAGUGUACGUUAUAUGAGGCAUAAAUAACCAACUGGUAUGUUAACGUAACAUAUUAUGGUAAGAGUCAUUCAAAUAACUAUAACAUAUAGAACAUGCUAUACGUUUACCAAACAAUCUGUCACCGCUGAUCGCGAAAUCCCAUGAAAUCUUCUGCCUCGUUGUCGCUCCUGGUAAGCGCCGCUCCCUUUCUUUCUACUGCUCGAUCGCCGUUUUCUGCUGCAUAUUUCACUACGUCCGGCUUGUAAUCUGCAGUAUAUGAUUUCCUUUUCGGUGCCAUUUUAGUUCAGCCCAUCUCAGUUUUUAUAAGUUACCGCCAAUGUUGAUGUGAUCCAUUUUAAUAGCUCCGGCAGUAGCGUAUAGCAUAUAGCAGUUAGCAUUCCAUGACCCGCAAUGCACUUCUGCCAUGACCCUCCCCCGCCGAAUUCUUAUUGGUGACGUGUGUGUGACGAUUGCGGACAUUUUCUUCGUCGCUCACGGGAAUGAGAUAAAUAAUAUUAUUUGAUAUUUUACGGUAAUGUGUUAAUAAUUUCACACAUAAGUCGCUCCGGCCAAACUAUGAAAAAAACGUCGACUUAUAGUCCGAAAAAUACGGUACUUUUGUGUGUGUGUUGAUAAAUGUUAAUUGUUAAAUAUAAAACCCAACUUUUAAAAAUGAGCUGAUGACAAAAACUGUGCUGUCCAGUUGUUACAUCUUGUUUUUGUAUGACAUUUCUUAGUCUCAUUGGCAAAUAUUACAUAGUAGACUUUGCAUGCAAUUCCAAGACGUUUUGAUGGCUGCAGUGUGUAGGCUACAGUGGGUUGCUUAGCUAGGAAGUAGUCUUUGCCAUAAAGCUGAAUGUGCCAGUCUAGUCUGUUGCGCCAUUCACAAUGUUUGUACUGUAAGGGCUUGAUUUACUAAGAUCCAAAUACCACACGCUGAACUGCAUGUGCAAUCAAUAAAAUGGUGUCUUGCGGGUGAUCUACUAACACUGGGUGGGCAAUUGAAAAGUGGUGCAGACCGCCUUAUUUAAAUGAGGAUAUUGCGUGCAUUCAGGGCUUUUACCACGAAGACACUUGAUCAUUUUCUGCACAUUUAUGUUAUCAUGCUCCUACCUGUGUGCGAUGUAUUGAACCAGCAGCACACAUUUAUAAUCUGUAACACCUUUUCGGAAUCGCAGUCUUUACGACAGAAACAUUUGCACACUGACACUUACCAUAUUUUCCGGACUAUCAGCCGCUACUUUUUUCCUUCGCUUUGGGCCCUGCGGUUUAUAACACGGUGCAGCUAAUUUAGGGAUUUUUCUUUGCUAGCAGCCAAAAUGUUUUGUAUUCAACAAAUAGUUUUCAAUACUGACAGAGGCACCGAAACGGUGUGUUAUUGUUUGUGCUAUGGUGCCAUCUUUUGGACAAGUUUGCUCACUGCAGGUGCUGCGAGUUGAAAGUGUUCUCCCUGUUUUAAAGUGAAAGUACCAAUGAUUGUCACACACACACUAGGUGUGGUGAAAUGUGUCCUCUGCGUUUGACCCAUCCCCUUGUUCACCCCCUGGGAGGUGAGGGGAGCAGUGGGCAGCAGCGUUUUGUUCCUUGAAUCGGAAGUAUUCGUACAUAGUGUUUCUGCUCAAAAGGAUUCUUCAUUCAUCACUCCAAGCAACGUUUGUAAGUUUUACAAUAUAACUAAUACAAUUCAUACUUACUAAACUGUCCCUUGUGUGACGUCUGUAGAAUUGUUCUAAAUCGCCACUUGAUACUAACAACGAAAUUCGAUCGGUGCCUAAAAAGUACCGAAUUUAGUACCCAUUCCUAUGAGACACAACGAGCAACUUCCUUUAGGAAAGCAGACGUGUGGGGAACUCAACACGUCAAUAUGCAAUUUUAACAUCCUAUUUAAUAUUUAUGAUGACUUAAAGGGGAUGCAAAACCAACUUUUCUUACCUGUUGCUCCUGAAAAGUCCUGAAAAUUUUUAAUCGAACCAUAAAGGAAGACAUGUCGCAAAUAUUAAUUAAAAAAAUAUAUAUAUAUAAUUAUAAAAAUAUGCCUUCAUUCAUUCGAGACGUUUGGAAUUCAUCACUUUAGUGACAUAUGACUGGCCCUAACAUUCACAUGCAUCCUCGCAGUUGCCAUUGCUAAUAAAAAGUAGCGUGUAGUUCUAAUUGCUAUCUGUCAGUAGACUCAAUAUGGAAGCGCUGAAAACUACAACAUGGUAGCAUGGUAGCAAACGCAGUUGAAACAGGCUUGGCCUGGAGGCACAAAAAUAAGACCGCCCCAAAAAAUAAUGGCGAUUCUAAAGAGACAGUCAGUAAGUGGCUUAAAGAUGGUCUGAAAAACAUCAUCUAUGCAGACUUUUGACCAAAUAUACACCAUUACAUGUUAUGUAGACCUCAAGGAAGUGUUUUAAAUGUAGAAAACAGGACCACUCUAAGGCCUAGCACUGUAGCUGCUGGUAGACAUAGUUGGUACAUUUUGUAAUCAUGAUUUUUUACGCCCAACCUCUCCCAGACUGAGGUAAGCUGAGUUUGAGAGCCCUGCUUAAAAGAAUGUUGUAAUACGUAAGUAGGCUUCCAGCUGCCUGAUGAUAUUUAAUGGUGAAUGAAGGACAAAAGAUGAGUGACAUUUGUUGUAGUUGUAUUUAUUCUAAGAGUGUCCCUCUACUGUAUCUCCUUGGUGGUCCAUCUUAGAAACAUUUGAAGGAGAUAGUUCCUUUAUAUUUAGAGAUGGGAAAUAUUCUUUACUAUAUAAGAUUAGCAAUAGUGAGUUAGAUUUGUAUCCAGCUGUACAUGGGGCACUUUAUUUAUUUAUGAGAGACUGAUAAAGCAUGAAUAUGUGUAUCACCUAUCCACUACAUUUGAUUUCAUUUAUUAUAUUUGGUUUUAAAGUCUAUUUAAAAACAUGAAGUGAGCUGGAAAGUUUUGUAUGCUAAAAUGUUGAAUCACAUAUGUUAUAAAUAUUUCCUUGUUUACUGGGUUUCUGCUAUUUCUGGACAAUGUGUAGUAAAAUAUCAUUGGUAAACAUAUUUCUGUCAAAGUCAUUUUCUAGCAAUUAGGCUAUGAAUGAUCGUCUGAACUUUGAUUCAUGCAGGUAGAACUGAGAACACAAAUGAAAAACCAUUCAAGCUAAGAUUUAAUUAUAAAUGAGGCACCACUUCAUGUAACAUAAUACCAAAGACCCGACGUGUUUUCACAAUAAUUGAUGAUCCAAUGCUUCUUAUGUGCAAUCCUACUCUACCUGUAACUCCUUCAUUGCGACCCGGACCCAGUGUAAUGAAGCCACAUUUUUCUGGCCCGCCACAAAUAGAUUUGGACCGCCACAAUUUGGUGAUGCUGUACCUGUUAUGUUGCAGGAUGAAUUGUAACUGCUGUUUAACCUAACUCAUUUUAGGAACAAAAUGUGGGA